AUGUCUCGAUCGGGCACCACCCUCUAUGUCACUGGCUUCGGCCAUGGCACCAGAGCUCGCGACCUUGCCUACGAAUUCGAACGCUACGGUCGCCUGGUUCGCUGUGACAUUCCUGCGCCGCGUACGCCUUCGAGUCGACUGUUUGCUUUCGUUGAGUACGAGAGCCGCCGUGAUGCCGACGAUGCCUACCACGAGAUGCACAACAAGCGCAUUGGGCGUGAUGACCUCUUGAAGAUUGAGUGGGCCCGUACUCCUCCUUCAGCCUCGUGGAGAUUCGAUUCGGGUCGUGACCGUCGCCGCGACCGUACUCCCCCUCGCCGCGGCCGCUCUCCCUCGCCACGUCGCAGCCGCGGAGACUACUCGCCUAGACGGGACGACCGGUACGAAAGAGACUACGAUCGCCAGGAUCGUGACCAUGAUCGUCGGGACCGCGACCAUGACCGCCGAGAUCGCGACAACGAUCGCCGGGAUCGCGACCGUGAGCGCUCCCGCGACCGUUCCCGUAGCCCUGACGACCGGGACCGCGAUGUGAAGGAUGACCGGGAGAGGCGCGAGGAUGACCGGGAGCGCCGUGAAGAUGACCGGGAGCACCGUGAGGAUGAGCGUGAGAAUGUCCCCAAUGGUGAAGAGAGGAAAGUACCCCUGGACCCCGUUCCUUCUGCUCAUGAUGAGCUUGAUACUGCUGAGUAG